AGAAAACCCUUCUUUUAUCCAAAUAAGAAGCUGAACCUAUCAGAUUGUUAACUUUCUCUCCUUCUCUCUAACAUUUCUCCUAACCCUAACAAACAACCAGCGCCGCUCAUAUUUUGGGAAGGUGUUUUUGCCAAAAUCAUCUCCCUACCCUCUAUUUUCUCUACUUCUACUCUAAAUAAAUGAUAUUUUUACCAUCUAUUAUCAAUUAUUGUAAUAAUUUUAGCCUUCUUGAUUUCUACCUUUCAUGAGUUUUCUUCCUCUGUUCAUAGUGAGCUAUGUAAGAUUUCCUACUUCGAUGUUUCGCGCUACAAGUUCGCUGGGUGGUCCUUCGUCUAGAAAUCGACCAGAACAGGUAAACCAUGGAAAAUAUAGGGAGGCCAAAACACAAGUGUAACCCUAUCCCAUCUCCUACUUCAAAGCUAGCCAUGCACAGAGAUUCUCAUGUAAUAGCCAAGCCUGCUGUGCGCAUAAUUCACAUAUUUGCACCAGAGAUCAUCAAGACCGAUGUUGCCAACUUUAGAGAGCUUGUUCAGAGACUCACCGGCAAACCUGGUGAUCUUGAAACCGGUAGCCGGAGGAACACGAAAACGGUAGGAAACUCGCCGUGCUGUAAGAAACUGAUGACGACGCAGACGACGAAGAAGAAGAAGAUUAUUACUACAAGUGAUGAAUCAAACAGACAAAAGAUGCAGCUUCAAGAUUAUGGAUUGUCUAUGGAAGAUGAACAAAGUGAGAUAUGGAGCGGUGGUGAGAGUUCAAGUAAUCAUCUUCUUGAUGGGUUUGCAGAUUUUAAUAGUUUUAUACAUAAUUUGAGUCAUAAUGUUUCAUUAACAACUUCUCAAAUAGAUGUGUUUGGAGAUUUGCACUUUGCUUGACAGCUUGGGUAUUCAUGGAUUGUACAAUAUUGUAUUUGUCUUUUUUAUUAUGGGAUGGAAUUUUCAAUUCAUAA